AUGUCGAACCUUCCCAAGGAGCCCGAGUUCGAGCAGGCGAGUAACAGCAGAGCAGCGCAGAGGUUUACCACUCUUGCGCCUUUCCUCAAGAAGUACCCCGAGUACAAGAAGGCGCUCGAGGUUGUCCAGAUCCCAGAGCGCAUCAUCCAAUUCCGUGUUGUCUGGGAGGAUGAUAAUCACCAAGCUCAAGUCAACCGCGGUUUCCGCGUGCAGUUCAACAGCGCACUGGGACCUUACAAAGGAGGUCUCAGAUUGCAUCCCACUGUCAAUCUCAGCGUGCUCAAGUUCUUGGGCUUCGAGCAAGUCUUCAAGAAUGCAUUGACUGGCAUCCCUAUCGGAGGUGGUAAGGGUGGCUCUGACUUUGACCCAAAGGGCAAGAGCGACGCAGAGGUGCGCCGCUUCGUCAAGUCUUUUGCGACUGAGCUUUCGAGACACAUCGGAGCUGAUACUGAUGUUCCAGCUGGAGACAUUGGUUUCUCGACUAGAGAAGGUGGCUUCCUCUUCGGUCAGUACAAAGCCCUCAAGAACGAAUGGGUGGGCAUCCUGACGGGUAAGGCCCUUGACUGGGGUGGUUCCCACGUCAGGCCCGAAGCAACCGGCUACGGAACUGUGUACUACGUGGAGCAUAUGCUUGCUCACGCAGGCCACGCCGACGGCUUCAAGGGCAAGCGCGUGAUCAUCAGCGGUUCAGGCCAAGUUGCGCAAUUUGCAGCACUGAAGGUAAUCGAACUCGGCGGAACCGUCUUGACUUUCUCCGACUCAAAGGGUAGUCUGAUCGCCACUGGCGAAGCUGGCUUUACGAAGGAGGAGAUCGAAGAAAUUUACAAGAUCAAGUUCGCCAGAAAGGAGCUCUCCACCCUCGGUGACAAGGGCGGCAAAUACAAAUUCCAUGGCGAUAGCGCUCGCCCCUGGACACUUAUUGACAAAUACGAUGUGGCGCUUCCCUGUGCAACUCAAAACGAGAUGAAUGCGCAAGAGGCCGACUUUGCCAUCAAGGCUGGAUGCGUCGCAGUCGCAGAGGGAAGCAACAUGGGUUGCGACCCAGGCGCGAUCGACGCUUUCGAGAAGUCUCGCGCGGAGAAGGGUAAGAAGGGCACUUGGUACGGUCCAGGAAAAGCCGCCAACUCUGGUGGUGUGGCCGUAUCUGGUCUUGAGAUGCAGCAGAACAAGGGUCUCACUCAGUGGACCCCAGAGGUAGUGGACGCGAAGCUGAAGGACAUCAUGAAGUCUGCUUUCCAACAAUGCUACGACGCUGGCGCAGAAUUCCCCCUAUCUGGAAGCAAGGAGGAGAUCCCUUCGCUGCUUGUAGGUGCCAACAUCGCUGGUUUCCGCCGCGUGGCCAACGCCAUGAAGGAUCAUGGUGACUGGUUCUAAAGUGCAAAUUGGUACACUGUGCAUCAUUGUGACUUUUACUCCUCGUCAAAUGUCUAUCAAUGUCUUGUGCUGGUUGCUUGGAAUUGAGGUGAUGGCUGACAACGCUUGUGCAAAGCACACGCAACUUCGCUGCAUGCAAAGCAGUGCAGUGAUUUCCCAUCUGAGCCUUUUGCGUUGUUGGAUGAUCACGAGACAGUGCGCGCCG